CGAUGACGUUGCCGGUGGCGGCGACGGGGGAAGAGGAAGAAGGCCCCGCGAGUCGGGAGGCGAACUGGCUGCGGUGAAGCCGAUGGUGGGAGUCGGAGAGGAGGAAGAAGAAGAAGAGGAGGAGACGAAGGAGGAGGGGGGUGAGGCGACAUGGACGCGAUCUUUCACGAGAAGCAAGAGGGCUCGCUGUGCGCCCAGCACUGCCUCAACUCACUGCUGCAGGGCCCUUACUUCACCGCUGUGGACCUGUCCACGCUUGCCGUGCAGCUGGACGAGGCUGAGCGCCUGCGCAUGGCCGAGGGGGGAAUCACAUCGCAGGAGUACCAGCGUUUCAUGGAGCAACCGUCAGGAAACAUGGACGACAGUGGUUUUUUUUCCAUACAGGUGAUUAACAGCGCUCUGGGAGUAUGGGGGCUGGAAAUGGCGCCCGUGAAUGCACGGCACUUCCAGCGUUCGCACAUCGAAUUGCUGAAGGAAAUGGCAUUCAUCUGCAAUUACAAGGAGCACUGGCUCACGGUCCGGAAGCUGGGAAACCAGUGGUUCAACAUGAACUCGCUGCUGUCGGGCCCUGAGCUGAUCUCCGACACCUACCUAUCGCUGUUCUUGGCCCAGCUGCAACAGGAAGGCUAUGCGAUAUUCGCGGUGCGCGGAUCCUUCCCGGAGUGCGAGGCGGACCAACUGCUGCGGCUCAUGCCGGCCGUGCAGAACGAGCGGCCCCGGCUGCUGAGCGAGCUGGCGGCGUCCGGGAGCGGCAGGAGGGCGGCGGAGUCGCACAGGUGGGGCUUUGGCCCAGCGGGAAGAGGAGCUGGUCUGAGCAUCACACCACACAUAAUGCGACUGCUCGGAACCCUGGGGUUGGUGGAUCGCCCAAGGAGGGGCGAAGCGUCUCGGCAAGGAGACACAAAAAGCACGAAAAUGCAAAAACAGGAAAUAAACGACCUGGAGCAGGCGAUGGCCGACAGCCAGGCGCACCCGGGCGGGCCGUCGGGGGCGGUCGAGUCGGAGAGCACGGAGGAGCGCGAGAAUCUGCGCCGGGCGCUGGAGAUGAGCCAGCAGCAGAUGGACGAGGAGGACGAGCAGGCGGACCUGCGCCGCGCCAUCCAGCUCAGCAUGCAGGGCGCCUCGCGCCACCACGCGCUGCUGCCAGACCCCAGGGCAGAGGGGGUCCCACCAAGGCCAGCCCCGUUAGCUGAGCCAGAGGCCCUUGAUGCUGAGGAGCUGCGUAGGAAGCGCCAGAUGUUCUUCGAAAAGCAACAGCAACAGCAGCAAAAGGAGGAAUCGGAGGGAUCGAUGACUCCGGAUCUGUGUGCCGAGGGCAGCCUUGCCUCUUCGUCAUCACCCGAAGAGGAGCCUCGUGCUCCGCAGCACGGCAAGCCAGUGGACCAGAUGACAGAGGAGGAGAUGCUGGCGGUGGCUCUCCGGCUGUCGCUAGAGGCACGCACGAGCAACGGUGGCGAUGACAGCAAUGGGGGCGGCGGUGGUGGUGGCGGCGGCGGCAGUGUUCCCCCUGUGCACUGACCUAUGACAGUGCCGCUUGGCCAGGUGCAGACCAACCCCUGCACUGCCCACACCGGUAUUCACUUGCCAAACGGCGCCUACCCCCCCACCCCUACCCCCCGACAUUCUCCCGUGUUCUGUCCUCUCUGCGUGGGGGUUGGGAUCACCCCCUGUUGGGCAGUGUUGCGAUUCAAUGCAAAGUCUGGUCACGUAAGCGACGACGAUGUCUUGUGAGUGUUACAUGGGAACCCUGUGUUGCUAUUUUUGAUGGAACAAGAAUAAUCGGACUGGAGCAACAUCCAGAGGUGUUUAUACGAGUAAGUGUCCAUUGCUCGCCUGCACAUAACAAAAAAAUACAUAAUGUGUAAACUGUACCGAGUGUUUAUAACGAAUGUCAUCUCGUUUUUGGAUGUUAAUGUUAUCCAAGAGGGGUUUCUUUGACCGGCUGUGAAUAUCGGCAGUGGUGAGCAGAUUACCUGCGAAUGCCAAGCUGUCUUAUUUUAUUUUCCUCUUUUGUAACUUAUAUAGUUGGGUGCGGGGUGAGGGUGCUCAGCAGUUAUGCUGUGUUAAGAGUGAGCGGGCAAGUGCAAUUUAGCGAAGCAGCGCCAUCAUUACAGGUUACUACUCUCUAGUUCAGUGUUUGCCAGCCUACUACCGCUAAAUGUUCCCACAUACACCACGGCCCCUCAGUAUGGUCGAUGUUUUAAGAUGUAAUAUGAAUAGCACAUUCUUUUCCAUAGUCCUUGCUGUGCAGUUCUGCAUGCCUUUUUUAUUUCCAUCCUUUGGACUCGUUGCAAAGAUUUUAUUCCAUUACUUUGUCACCAAGUUAGAAACUUGCUUUAAUUUGCCUCUUGCGAAGGUGUUUUGACUGCUGGUUGUUGCACGAGGGAGCUCCGAGUCUCGUUGCUGGCUUAAUUUGCCAUUGAAACAAAAAACACUUAACUACGGCUUAAUAUUGAUACUGCACCUCCCACGCAGUAAAUCUUUGAGGUGGCCUGUAGCAGUCUAGCAAAUGGGGGGGUACCCCCUUGACAUCUAUCCCUGUGCGGCACCAUGUGAAUGCAGCAUGUAAUUGGCCUGCCAGUAGAGGGCAAUGUGUCUUUUUCACAAAGUAAUUUGCAAAUAGUUUCGUAAAUUUUUUUUUAAAAUGCACACAUGGCCUACUGCAUUUUUUAAUCACGAAGUAGAGCUCUACACUUCCACUGUUAAGCCGAAGGUGCGUAAUUAAUGGUUAAUAUAGCCAGAAUAUUAAACAGGGCAGCUCUUUGGGCUCCAUCCGCGAACAUCUGCAACAAGGGGAAAACGCGCUGUCGCUGGGCCGUUGUGUUUCGUAUAAUUUUUUGCACCAACCUAAAUUUGGAAUCUAAAGCCUAAAAUAAGUUCCAAGAACAGAUUAUAUUUCUAACUUAUUUAUGUGUAACACGCCUUCCACAAUAAGUGUUUUUAAGUGCGAGCAUCGUUUGAGAGCACGGGGAAUGUUUCGUCAAACUGCAGUCACUUCUGAACCCAGCAAAUGUGUAAUUGUCAAAAACUACAUGCAAAAUAGUGUGACAAAGACCAAAAAUCAAUAACCAAGGUAAUGGGAGGUGCUAUCAACAUAAUAAAAUAUACGAAAAUCCUUUCACAUUUACCAAUAUAAAUCCAAAAUAGAAGAGAAUAGAAUUUACUUUUGGCAUAAUGCCAUUUUAUACAUAAAAGUCUGUCUCAAGAGUAUUAUAGAGGGUCCUCGUGGAAUGUUUGGCCAAUUCUGUUCAUGUUUGGCAUGCGGGAGGAAAUCAAGAGUACCCAGAGAACACCUACCCUGUACAGAGGUAACACUCAAAGCUCUGUACAGAUAGACGUAUUAAUCUAUUGCUGUACUGCCAUCUGGCCAUCUCGCAGGUCAAGCCUACAACACCUGGUAUUCUCAAGCAGUCUCCCAAUUACUAACCGUUCUCAUUCCAGCUUAGCUUGUGAUAUGACAGGAUCAGCUUGUGAGAUUCGAUGAGAUUUGAUUGGAGGCAUUUACAGGAGGAGCCUGUUGCCCUUCGACGAUCCCCAUUGUUGGUGAGAUGCUACUCAUGUCCUGAGGGGAAAGCCUGGCUGGGGAAGGGCGGCAAGGCAAGUUGAUAGUUGGUGUGUUGUGAGGGUCUCAUCGUGUCCCCGUGCGACCUCGCCAAGCGAGACCCGGUGUUUUCUUUCCCAAGGAUAAUCUGUUCCAUUCCAUUAUCUCUCUCUCUCCAUUCAGUUGUGUUCGUCGCCUUUCCAGCUCUUGGACCAAACUUCCAUAUUUUAAGUUUCCAAAUAAUUGUUUUGCUAAUUGCUGCGCACCUAUCAGGGGUGUGAAGCCGUAAUUCUCCCCACUUCACAUUCCAGGGAGUGUUGGUGCCGCGUUGAAUGUCGGCAAGGUCUGCGCGAGUCUCUGCCGCAGAUGAAUGUGAAGCGUGUGCGGUUUCCUCGAGUGUAGGAGAAUACUCCGUUGUGUGUGACCCAGCGAAGUAAUGGAGGCAACCGGCAGCGCUGAGAAGACGGCAACUAUUUUACACUGUAAGGUCCGACCACGCGGACUGCGUUAUCGGCUCACCUGAGCAGGUUGUGCGUGGACUGCGUUAUCGGCUCACCUGAGCAGGUCGUGAAACCGAUGCGCACGCUGGUACUGGAAAUCGCUGUUGACCCACGCAAACCGUCCAGCCAGCUGUGGUUCUGUCAGCAGUUUUAUUUAUCGGUUAUUUUCUGGGUCUUGCCUGAACCAUUGCGUCCGCAUGGCUGGAAGGGCCUCCUUCGGUGUUAGAAUUAUUGAGGGACCUUUCCGUUUGUCAUAAUUUUGUUUUAUUCCGUUUGAUUUUGACGUCUUGUCGUACAAAUGGGCUCAGUGCUUUAAAUCGGUGUGGUGUGUUUUUACUUUACAAUUCGGCUCAGCUGUGCUGUGCAUGAUUGUGUUGAAAUGUCUCAGCAAUAAAUAAAAUACUCAAAACCCUG